AUGUUGCUGCUGGCCGUCUCGUCUCGUGGCUUCAACGUUCCAGAGAUGCUAGGCCCAAUCAACAACCCCCCUGGCAUGUCGAGAUUCAACGCUGGCCAGUCAUUCACGACUGUGACCCCAGGCCGUCGUGCGACUCGUCUCCUGUUGGCAGACUCUUACCCCAUCGUGAUGCGAGUAUUGUCUCAUGUCAUCUCGCCUCAUCAUUCUGAUGCUCUCUCGCCUCUGCAAUGUGCCCAUGCCAUGUAUCCACGCCCGAGACACCGAGGCAACAUUGAUAUCCGCAACGGGCACCGUAACACAGGCGUUUUGGCGAAGUGGCUUCUUCGUUGUGUGAAGCACGGUGCAGGUAGCACCAUCGAGGUUCGUACGCAUCUCUAUGCGACGCUGGCCGGGUUCAUAGAUCCAUGCCAGAGUCAGAUGCCCUCUCUCAGCUGGUGA